ACAAAUGUAACUAUAUCAUCGACUAGUUAUCACAAUUUAUAUACUUUACGUCGCACCGUAGCUACAUUUAAUCUUUAUCGAUCCAUCCCAAACAACCUAGAUUAUCCAUAACAUAGCAAAGGGUAGAUAGAUGAAUUCAAAAAUGGCCGAGGGAGAAUUCGAAGUGGUACCUAUACCACAGGUUUCCUUGGCUCCGGACCAGUUGUCUCGAAAGUUUUUGCUGUGUCAAGUUUGUAACGACAUAUAUAAUGAGGAUGGAAAACAUGCUCGUCUGCUCCCGUGCCUCCAUUCUCUCUGCUUCGAAUGCUUGAAUAAGACGAAAGUCAACGACCAACUUCAAUGUCCAACCUGCAAAGUCACCCACAACGUGAGUAACGUCGACAAAACUUGCCCACGUGACAACACUCGUCGUGACCUUAUGGAUUUCGUCAAGGUCAAACGAGCACCCACGGCCGUGGGCUGUACCGCCUGUCCUUCCAAUAUUGCCACACACAGAUGCAGGCAAUGCGCAGAAUUUCUGUGCGGCGAGUGCGAGAGUGCUCACAGGCGUGUGAAUGCUACCAAAAACCACAUCCUGCUGGAAUUGGAGAAGCUAAAGCAGUCCAGUGAUCUCGACGCCUUUUGCCGCCAGCUGUUAUGUAGCGAGCAUCCGGAUAAUGAUCUAAAGCUAUACUGCACGAAAGAAUCAUGUCAGAAACCGGUAUGCAUGAUGUGCGCCAUCGUCACUUGCAAAGAGACGAACGGCCACAAGAUUGAAAGCGCUGAUACCGUGGCUAAUUCCAAAAGACAGAUCAUAAGGGAUCAGAAAGUAAAAAUGGAAGAUGUUGGCAAACAGAUACAGAGCGUCACCAAUGACGUCAAAGCCGAACAGGAGAUGGUAUCUAAGCUACGAAAGACAGUGGAGGAUGAAAUUGAUAAAACGUUCGAUAGUCUGGAGCAGAUCAUUUCGCGAGGCCGCGCGGAUCUGAAAAAGACCCUGGAUGAUGAUGUUAUGGUCAAACAAGAUAACCUUAAAAUUCAAGAUGCUGACCUGAAGAGAAUGAGAAGCGAGAUAGAGGAAUCGAGCAAGUUUACUGACCAAGCUUUGGCCUACACCAACGCCCCGGCUUUCCUUCAGGUUUACCAAACCAUACAGAACAGACUGAAAACUCUCACCGACCAGUUCUUCGACAAGGAGCCACACGAAAUGGCGACUUUUGGUUUCCACGCUAAAGGUUUGGUGUCAGAAAUCCAAAGCAAAGUUGCCGAGAUGGCCAAUAUCUGGUCUGUCUCGGCCUUUCCACCGAACUGCAAAGUCGAGUUCGGAGAUGAUCUGGAGGAGAAUAAAGCGGCAACUUUUAUCGUCAAACUAAAAGAUUUCCAAAAGAAAGGACCUUUCAAAGACGGAGGACUAGACGUAACUGAUAUGAAAAUCAUCAUCAAAGACCCAAAAGGUGCUGAGACUGAAUGUGCUAGAAAGAUGAAAAAAGGAAGCACUGACGAGCUGGAGGUCACCGUGAAGCCAACCAUGACAGGGAGACAUUCUCUAGAAAUCAGAGUACUGGAUAGAGUGGUUGUCAGCAAAGAUUUUGAGAGCAAACCAGGAACUGGGUUUGCAGCUGUGGUGCGAGGAAGCAGGAAGGAACCAUCUCCUCAAAAAACUCCACCUGUCAGGAGGGAAGUACCAAAACCGGAGCAACCAGCAGCAGCACCACUUGGCAUUCAAAAGCCAGAUAUGACCUUCGACCGGGACAAGGCACACAAAGAUGUUUCCAUUUCCGCUGACGGAAAGGUUUUCAAAAACAUCUCUGCUGGAGACCAAACGGAACCUGUUCCUAGCAACAGUCGUUUACAAAAAUACAAAGGCGCUCUCUGCGCGAAGGGCAUAAAGUAUCCCGGGCGAUAUUACUAUGCGAUUAAAAUGGAAAUUAAGGUUAAGAAGCCUUUGGAUAAAAGCAAUCUUGUAUACGAGCUGGGAAUCGCUAGAAAGUCCGUCAUCGGGAAAAAUUUGGUUGUGGAGGGAGAGAAAUUCGCAUGGUCAAUGAUCGGGGCCCACCAUGUGGAUUGUGAUGCUAUCUGUCUGCACAUUGCGCACAACAACCACUUGCUCUACCACGAGGUUCUAACAAAGAACGAAACCGGAAGCACUAUGGAGAGAGUAUUUGGAUUCCUUCUGGACACCGAGUUUGGCCAAUGGAAAGUCUUCGAUCACAAAAUCGAGAAGGAGAUAUGCGUUGUGGAGUCUGUUGAUUGCUCCGAGUUUUUGUAUCCAGUGGUUGCUGGCUACAAUCCAAAUAGCGUCGAAGUUACCGCUACCUUUAUGGACGUGUAACAUCUAACAUAAAAAAACCUUAUGAACAGAAAACCCAAGUUCCCUGAAUGUGAUAAAAAGUAAAUUGCAUGUUCAUCAAGAUAAAUCAAAUUAAUGUUAACUCUCAUAUUAUUCUUUGACCUUUAGUUAUAUUUCAUUGAAUUGUAUCGAUUAAAUGAAUAAUUCAUGAAAUUAUUUCCUUACACAAUUCUUUAUAUUCUUUUUUGUAUAUUGUUUGAAUAUCCUUUAUUGUUAUCUAAGUUUUAUUUUUCAUUAACUGAAAUUAUAAUGGCUUGUAAUUUUUUGUGUAAGCAUUGUUAUGACAGGCGCUUGUUUAUUGACACUUGCACAAAUGUAUAUGAUUUUUAAAAUAGAACUUAUAACAUUUAAGAUUAUUAUGGGAAAAUAAUAUUGUAUUGUUUUGUACAAUGAGUUGUAAAAAGUUAUCGAUUAUAUAUCAAUGUUUGAAAUGCCAAAUCCAAAAGUUAUUAAAAGAAAAAAAAAUACAAAUUAAAGCUUUUGUAGACUGAUAUAUCUAUUAACAUGCAAAGGAAUGUUAAUUCUCUGUUAGUCACGAGUAGUCAUCAUAGUUGUACACUAGUGGUACACUUUGUUUUCAUCGUCUCUCUAUUGUUAUUUGAUGAUUUAACCCUCUACAUAUAUAUAUAGUUUGAUCUAAGAAGAAAUCCGGACCAUCCUUCCUCACAAAAGAAAAAUAACCAAACAGUUGUUAUUUUAGACAUACCUAUUUAUUGGUAUUUUGAUUUAAUGUUGAUGAAAACUACCCUAUUUCAGUGGUCCAAUUUGUUUUGGUAGUAUUUCUAUUGUUAUUUGAUGAUUUAACUCUUCACAUAUAUAUAGUUUGAUCUAAGAAGAAAUCCAUCCUUCCUCACAAAAGGAAAAUAACCAAAAUGUUGUUAUUUUAGAUAUAUCUAUUGAUGAAGACUAUCCUAUUUUAGUGGUCCAAUUUGUUUUGACAGUCUUUCUAUUGUUAUUUGAUGAUUUAACCCUUUACAUAUAUAUAGUUUGAUCUAAGAAGAAAUCCGGACCAUCCUUCCUCACAAAAGGAAAAUAACCAAAAAGUUGUUAUUUUAGACAUACCUAUUUAUUGGUAUUUUGAUUUAAUGUUGAUGAAAACUACCCUAUUUUAGUGGUCCAAUUUGUUUUGGUAGUAUUUCUAUUGUUAUUUGAUGAUUUAACUCUUCACAUAUAUAUAGUUUGAUACAAAAAGAAAUCCAUCCUUCCUCACAAAAAGAAAAUAAUCAAAAAGUUGUUAUUUCAGAUAUAUCUAUUUAUAGGUAUUUCGAUUGAAUGUUGAUGAAGACUAUCCUAUUUUAGUGGUCCAAUUUGUUUUGGUAGUAUUUCUAUUGUUAUUUGAUGAUUUAGCCCAUAUGUGAUAUGCUUUGUUUUACUUGGUAUUUUUGUUGAAAUGAAAAAAAGGCGAAAAGUUCUGUAUAACAUUUUAUACACAUACAACACGUAGCGAAGCAUUGUAUGUUAUUCGGGUUGUUUUACCGUGUAUAGAUUUGGUUGGUUAUAAUUACUUACAUGAUGUUUGUUUAUCUGUAUUUAUCUCUUCUGUCUAAAUAAAGUGUACAGCACAUCUUGUU